GGCCCCCCGCCCCCCGUAAUAAUUACACCCCCUUCCUCCCAACUUGGUAAUAAUAGUAUUAAGGAUAACUUGUUACCUAGAAUUGCCGAACGCAAAUUACUUUGCCCGCAUGAGCGCCAAUACCAUAGAGAUGGACAUGGCCAGAUGUCGGGACUCAAUUCGGGAUGGUCAGAGGGCUAGAAAGCUACAAGGUUGACUUUUAUCCUAAACCAUUUAUAACUAUGGACUUGCCAGAUGAGAGCCAGUGGGAUGAAACCACCUGCAACUUGGCUGCUUGUCAGCAUCCACAAUGCUGGGCUACUAUCCGCCGCAUUGAGAGGGGCCACCCUCGGAUCCUGGGCUCAUCCUGCAAAGCUUCUCUGGAUGUUAACGAAAAACUCCCAGUGCUCACCAUUGUAAACCUCUCAGAUUCCUGCUUCCAGGCCAGUCAUUUACCAGGACUUACCUUCACUAAGCCUCACUCUUCAUUGUCUCAGCGUUCAAAGUUUGACUCCAAAUUUCAAGGAAGGCCUCGAAAGGAUUUACCUGACAAAGGUUUGAUCAACUAUACUAAUAGAUCUCCCAAAGGAAGUCACAAAUUGAAAAAGCUUCCAGUGCUAAAUUUGAAUGCGACACAAAUUCCUUGCCCUCAAGAUGUUAGCAAUAUGGUUGUAGUCUGGAUCCCAAAAGAACCAGGGGAGAAUGUGAGUCCAGCUGAGCAGUAUGUUGCUCCCAGCCAGGAUGGAAAGAAGAAAAGAAAGACAUCUACAGUGUCACAUGUGGUUCUUUCUAGAAAGCAGGACAGAGAAACAGAGUUGAGCACUUCAGGGAUAAUUGUGCCUCCCCCAACCCCAGAACACUUUUUUGAGCAACCAAAUUCAGAAUUCCUACCUUUCUUGAACCAAUUUGACACAUUACCUCCGGAUCUACUGAAGGAUCUUUUGUUAGAUGAAGGGAAAAGGUCGCCUUGUCUGGAGACGAAGACACAAUUGGCCACGAGGAAAAAGCAACCUCUGAUAAAGAGCCGACCUGAGAGCGCCAUUUCUGGUCAGAUGUUUUUAUCUGUGCACCGCCUCACCCUGCAAAGACCAUCAUUGAAAUAUCCUGAACAUUUGAAGAAAUUAUAUUAUAACCUGAACAUAGAAAAUAGGCUUUCUAGUGCUGCCAGAUCUCCAGGUCUUCGGAAGCAGCAGCAGAGGCAGCAGCAGAGGAAGUUGAAGACACCUACUAAGAAACCGGAGGCUAGAAAGAAAUCCAAGAAUGACCCAGGGAGCCAGAGCACUGCGCGUGAAUCUUUAGGUCACAGAACUCUAUCGGGCGGGGAAAGUGACAGCAAUCAGCAGCCGCAGAUGGAGAAUGGCCCCAUCUCGAAACAGGAUUCCACAGAGAGACCACAGGUGGGCUAUGCUGAGAACGACCUGGAUUCCUUCUCCAGUAAACAGAAUCCUGAAUUAUCCAAGACAGAAUCCACUAACAAGGACUUUGGUGCUCAGAUGGAGGAAGUGCCAGUAGCCCAAGAGGAGACCCCCAAGGACCUUUCGUCCAGUGUAUCUAGAACAAGUUGGAACCCUGAGGUCAGAAUACUUAGGAUUUUUCAGUCGGCUGAUUAUGAGGCUGAGGAGAACCGACUCUCUGGGUUGCAGAGUAAAGUGUCUUCGGAGACAUAGGUAGAAGGCGUCACUGGGGCAGCCUUAUUCUACAGCAGGAUGCUUAGAAAUCCGAGGACUGUGACCGUGGACAUAGGGCUGAAAGGAGUGGGGACUUCUCCUUGGGGCCUUUACUGGGGCCUGAGCUUAGGGAUUCUGUGUUCUUCAUUUACCUUUACUUGCCUCUAAAAUAAGUGAGGAAGAAAGAGCUUCACUCUUUUUAAACUUGGAUUGUUUCCCUUCCAUUAGGACCAGAAUAAUUGCAUAAUUAAACAUAGCUGCUGCUUAA